UAAUGACGUCACUGUUGUUUAAAGUUGAUGCAGUGAAUUUUUUUUCUUCUAAAGGCUGAAUGGAAGUUCCUCCACUUUGUGAACAGAACAGACGACAUGUGACCGAACACGAUUUACUCGUGCUUCUGGAGCUCUAAACUUUAGAUAACGUUGUUGUGGUUGGUAAAGUUUAACCGUAAAAGUCAUGUCGUAAUGCGAGUGUUUAUAAUUGACGUCAGCAGCAUGUAUAGAUGUAAACACAGUUCAUUGAGAUGGAUAGUAGUUAUAGCAGUCCUGUUCAUAAAACUGCAGUCUGUUACCUCCAGUUCAUCCGUGGAAGUUCAAGUGAAGGUUGACAAGCCACUCCGAAACCUAAAGCACUUUUGGAGAAGCACUGGAUUCUGCCCCCCACAACCCCACACUCACGCACACCUGUAUGAUCUCAGUAUAGACCAACAGAUAAACCUGGCAUUGAUUGGCUCUGUGCCACACAGAGGAAUCCAACAGGUGCGAAUACACUGGAUGUUGGAGCUGGUUUCUGCACAAGUUUUCAGUGGAGAAUAUCACUAUAACUUCACUCACUUAGACCAAUUGCUUGACCUUCUGUGGCAGAAUGGACUGCAGCCGGGGUUUGAACUGAUGGGCAGUGUGUCGAAUGCCUUCGGCAACUUUGAGGACAAAAGACAGGUUACUGAAUGGAGGAAUUUGGUGUAUUUGAUUGCCAAAAGAUACAUAUGGAAAUACGGUCUGGGCUCUGUCUCUCAGUGGAACUUUGAGACGUGGAAUGAGCCGAACAACCACGACUUUGACAACAUCACUGUGUCAAUCCAAGGGUUUCUGAACUAUUUUGAUGCCUGUUCUGAGGGGCUUCGUGCAGCGAGUCCACUGUUGAGGUUUGGGGGUCCGGGAGACUCCUGUCACUCUCCCCCUCGUUCGCCGUACUGCUGGGAGAUGCUACAGCACUGUUACAACGGCACAAACUACUUCACUGGAGAGACGGGAGUACGGCUGGACUAUAUUGCUCUACACAAGAAGGGAGGGGGAAGCACAUUACCGAUCCUGCAGCAGGAAGUAGCCACAGUGCAGGAGAUCCAGCAGCGGUUUCCUCGUUUUCGGUCUGUGCCGAUCUACAAUGAUGAGGCAGAUCCACUGGUUGGCUGGAAUAAACCGCUCACCUGGAGAGCGGAUGUCACCUAUGCAGCCAUGGUGGUUAAGGUGAUCUCGCAGCAUCAGAACCUGCUCAUCGCUGACCAAAACAAUACAAUCAACUACACGCUGCUUAGCAACGACAAUGCUUUCCUUAGUUACCACCCGCACCCGUUUACCCAGCGUACUCUCACCGCUCGAUUCCAGAUCAACAACACAAACCCGCCGCAUGUGCAGUUAUUAAGGAAACCAGUCCUGACAGUGAUGGGCCUUUUGGCACUUUUAGGUGAGACUCAGGUGCAUGCAGAAGUCUUGACUGGUGGUUCUGAAGUGAACACUUCAGUAGGUGUGCUGGCCAGCGUUCAUGUCCCUCAGGUGCCAUACACAGCUGAUAGCUGGCAGACCACAGUCCUGUUAUAUAACAGCAGAGAUAACCAGACCUUUUCCACCAGUGACAUCAUCACUCUGCGCCUCAGUGGAAUACCACAACACAGGGGUCUAAUGUAUGUGACGCACUACAUGGAUAAUAAUGUGACAAACCCAUUUAAGCUGUGGGAAAGCAUGGGCCGACCAGACUACCCCACUGUACAACAGUUCACACAGCUACGGAGCCAAGAGGAUCCACAGACUAUUGGACCCCUGCCAGUCCCCUCUGAUGGCUCUCUGACACUCAAGGCAAGUCUUCCUGUGCCCUCAGUGCUGCUCGUACAUAUGUGCGCCCAGUCUAAAGAAGUGCCCGACCAGGUGAAUGGGGUUUGUUUCAUCACUAUCACUAAAGACCAAGUUUUGAUUGUUUGGAAGGAUCAUUGCAUCGGCACAAAGUGUAUAAAGACAUACGAAGUGGAGUUUUCCAAAGACAAUAGCGCUUUCGAGAGGAUUAAUCACAGAGACACCAUCUUUACACACUUCACUUAUUCACCAGAGAGUCUGGACGUGAAUGGUUACUAUAGAGUGCGAGCUGUUGAUUACUGGGGAAGAAAAGGUGAAUAUUCUGUCACAGAGAAGUAUUCGAAGAACUAGCAUUCUCGCAGAGCCAGACUUUUGACUAUUGGCAUAAAUGCUGGUCCGAUCUGCGCUUGUUUUAGCCAAGAAACUCCCAGUUAGACAAGUGAUGUUUGACCAACUACAGUUCAUUUUGUUUUUACAAGUACAUAGUCUUGUUCCUUUGUCUUUUUGUAUGACUUUCAAAUACUUUUUUGCUUCAAAACAAAGUUUGUAAUGUUGUGAUUCACCUCUGAGCUGGUUGGUUCGGUUCAUGGCUUAGAACACUUUUAUGAAGGAUUUUAAUCAAAUGGAAAUGAAAGAAAUGAAUGGGAAAAAUACUUACAGAACCAAGAUGGCGGACACUGUUGUGCUCUAUAUGCAUCAAAUGAUCUGUAGGUAAUGGCAUCCCAAGCUGAGAAAUGUUUUUGUAUGUUUAUUCCUGGAAAGCAUUCCUGGUUUACGAAUCUAGCUUGGCCUGUAUGAAUUAUUUUUGAGUGGCAACAACUUGAGAUUUUAACGUUUUUACAGGUUUUUUCCUGCAAUUAUGGGAACAAUUUUAACAGUAAAUGCUGCUCUGUGCACAUUUUCGAUCUCAGCCCACACUAUCACAUUUUGAAGAAACUGGACGAUCCAGUUGUUUACAUUAAUGUUUUUUUUUUAACAUUAAAUGUACUUAAUUAGUAUCACAUUGAAACCAGCAAUUUUAUCACUACUGAUUAAAGAACAAACCAGUGUCAGAGAUCAAUGUCAUACUCAUAUUUGCAUGUAUUGACAGAUUAUUUCACAAAACGAGGUAUUCUGGCAUGAUUUGUCACAGGAAAACAGUGUAGUUUGUGGAAAAGGCAUUGUAAAAGCAAAAUGGCAGAAAACAAGUCUUAAUUCAGAUUGAUAACAAGGAGAUCUUUACAAUGGAAACAAUACAGGCUUCA